UCACGUGCAGCUCUCCGUUGGCCUUCUUCCCUCCACCAUCCCCUGUUCACACUUCAAACCCUAAACAAAACCCUAACCCUAACCCUAAUUAAAGAAGGGGGAAAAACAAAUCAAGAAGGCGAGAACCCUAGUUCCGCCUUCGCGUGCACGCUGACGGAGACGUCGCCUGGAAGUGAUCCGAUUCCAGACUUUUUCGACGCGAUUUAUCUCCUCCUUUCUGGAUUUAUUCUAUUUCUUCUCUAGAUUUGAGCCCAUUCUUUUCAGAUCUAUCUCUCGCCGCAUUAUUCGCUUGUUUGUUUAUUUUUUUGUUUUCUCAACUAUUAGAGGUGAUUGGGAGGUGAGGGGUGAUGUAAUGGCGGGGAAUUUCGGAGGUGGAGAGGAUGGAGGAUCAAGUGGUGACGGGAAGCCGCCGAACCCUCUCUCAGGGGGUGGUCGGCUCUCCUUCGGUGGGGGCAAUGGGAGCUCCCCGCGCUUGCCAACACUGGCUCGCCAUGCAUCGUUGACAAAAAAAAAAGUGGGUGUUUCUUUUGAUUUGGAAGAUAGUAGGGAAUGCUGUGAUUCAGAAUACAUUCCUGUUGUGCGCUCUGGUGGUUGGUCAGAUAUUGGGUUCCGUCAGAGCAUGGAGGAUACUUUUGUUUGCUGUGAUGACUUCAUGCAUGAUUAUGGGCUUAAGAAACUUGGGCCUGGACCUAAUGCUUUUUAUGGAGUUUUUGAUGGCCAUGGGGGAAGACAUGCUGCAGACUUUGCUUGCAGUAAUUUACCUAGAUUUAUCUCAGAAGACGUGGAUUUUCCUGAGGAGAUUGAGAGAGUGGUUGCUUCUGCUUUUUUGCAGACAGAUACUGCAUUUGCAGAUGCCUGCUCUGCUGACUCUGCUCUUGCAUCGGGUACUACUGCACUGGCUGCGCUCAUCAUUGGCAGGUCCCUAGUGGUGGCGAAUGCCGGGGACUGCAGAGCGGUCCUUUGUCGUCGUGGUAAGGCCAUCGAAAUGUCUCGGGACCACAAGCCAGCCUGCUCUGUGGAGAAGAAGCGGAUUGAAGCCUCCGGAGGGUACAUCUAUGAUGGAUACCUCAAUGGGCUGCUUAAUGUGGCCCGUGCCAUUGGUGACUGGCACAUGGAAGGUUUGAAGGACCGGAAUGGCAUGGGCCCCCUUAGUGCGGUACCUGAAGUAAUGCAGGUGAGACUCACCAAUGAGGAUGAGUUCUUAAUAAUUGGAUGUGACGGUGUUUGGGAUGUUUUCCGCAGUCAAAAUGCAGUUGAUUUUGCCCGUCGGAAACUGCAAGAGCACAACGACCCAGCUAUCUGCUGCAAGGAGCUGGUCGAUGAGGCCCUCAAGAGGAAGACGGGCGAUAACCUGUCUGUGAUCGUAGUGUGCUUUAGUUCAUCUCCACCACCGGCUUUGUCUGUACCAAGGGCUCGUGUUCAAAGGAGCAUCUCGGCAGAAGGCCUGAAGGAGCUUCAAGGUUUCUUGGAUAGUCUAGCAAAUUAGAAAGUCUUUCAAAGAACCGUUAGUUUAGCUGUUGUUGUAGUUGAGUAUGUCAGAGAAAUUCUUGCGCAACUGUAACAUAUGCGGCUGCUGACAAUUUUCCUGUUGUUCUUUCAUUCAAUCAACUCGUUCUUUUCUUAA